AGCGAGCUGCCUGCAACAUCACUUCCGCCGGUGUUCACAUGUGCUGUGUGUUUUGAUUCGGACCAGAUAUUUAGUGAACGACAGGCAGGAAGAUGCAGUUUGAUAUAAGAAGGUUUGAUAUAUAUCGGAAGAUCCCUAAGGAUUUAACGCAGCCAACCCAGACUGGGGCUGUCAUCUCAAUUCUCAGUACAUUGUUUAUAUCAUACCUUUUCCUGUCAGAGCUGCUGGACUAUAUAUCAGUAGAUAUUGUCAGUGAAAUGUUUGUAGAUGAUCCAACAACUGACAGAAUUCCAGUGAAAAUUGAUCUGAGUAUCCCACAUCUGCCGUGUCAAUUCAUUGGAUUAGAUAUCCAGGAUGAUCUUGGUCGCCAUGAGGUGGGCUUUGUAGAGGACACUGAUAAAACGCCAAUUAAUGAAAUGAGGGGCUGCAGGUUUAAGGCCAGUUUUAACAUUAAUAAGGUACCUGGUAAUUUCCAUAUAUCAACACAUGCAUCCCAGGUUCAACCAGAUAGCCCCAACAUGAAUCACAUUAUCCACAGUCUUGUGUUUGGAGACACAAAAGGAAAGCAUUCACAUUUACCUGGAUCCUUUAAUCCACUUAAAGAUGUGGAGAAACAGGAUGCUAACCCCUUGUCAUCUCAUGAUUACUUCUUGAAGAUAGUUCCCUCAAUAUUUGAAACAGUUGGAGGCAAAAUAUCUUAUCCAUACCAAUACACAUAUGCUUAUAGAGAUUAUUUACAAUAUGGACAUGGACAUAGAGUACUACCAGCAAUUUGGUUUAGAAUUGACCUCAGUCCUAUUACAGUGAAAUACACAGAGAAAAGGAAACCAUUUUAUAGUUUCCUCACCAUGAUCUGUGCCAUUCUAGGAGGAACAUUCACAGUGGCUGGCAUCAUUGACUCCCUUAUCUUCACUGCUGCAGAGAUUUUUAAAAAGGCAGAAUUGGGAAAACUUAGUUGAUCUCAUCAUCAGAAAUAGAGGCUGCUGUUCAUAGAAGUUACUGCAUUAUUAUGUAUAUUGACUGUAUGUUAUUUUGCUUGUAGUUAUGAUUCUGUGGGAAAUGUUUGCAUUUUUGUGUAGCAUUUAAGCAUGCUGAAUGUGUGGGCCACAUGCUGUUGACAAUAUCUGUGUAGAUUUAACAAAAUAAUAGAAACAGAUUGAAAUAAGGGUUCAUUUUAGUAAAGAAUCUUUUUAAAUACUUUGCAAUUGUACAUGAAAAACACAUGAUAUAUAGUAUCCUAAGAAAAUGUUUCAAGUUACAAUUUAAUUUUAUGUUGAAUGGCAGUUACAUGCAGGUACUUUCAGCAAAAGUUCUCUCACUAAGCCAAGUCUUACUUGGUUUAGGUACAAUAAAAACUUAUCCAUUCCUAAUAACUUUGUUCUUUACACAAAUGAACCCCUACAUCAAUAUAUUUUUACAUUCACACAUAUUGUUGAUUCAGGACUAAAUGAUCCAUGCUAAAAGCAACUUACAGGUGGAAGGUCCACAGAUGUGUAAUAUUUGAUCUCUUCUUUUCAACAUUUAGCUGUGACAGGUAUUUUAUUAUCUUUAAAUUAGAAAAAGAGUAUUUCAGAAAAAUAGUGCUUAGUGAUGUAGACAAAGGGUAAAAUUUAUUGGUUGAACUAGUCUUAUAUUUUCAGAGAUGUAUUGUUCACAUUUUGUUCUGUAGAUAAUUCUAAAAUAGUAUUAAUGAGAGUUAUUUACAUGGACGAAUAAUUAGUUUGGUAUAUAUGUGAAUCUAGUCAGUGCUUUGAAAAAACCUUAUUCUUUCUUAUAUGAAGUAUACAAGACCAUGCAGUAUUUUACUGGAUAAACAAGAAAUAAAAGGAAAAAACAGCAUGUUUUCUUAGAUCAAAACACAUUUAUUGUGCUCAUUAGGCUUGACAAAUUAAAAUAUCUGUCAUGAUCUUAUUUAAUAUGCCAUAUUCCUCUUGUGUUAAUCCAUUUCAAGACACAUUUUGUUUAAGCAUAACAUCUGAGGACCAUACAUAGUCAUGUAUCAGUUUGACGAGGGUCAUAAAUUAAAAUGUUCUUUAAUAUACUGUCUCUGGUUGAUAUCAAGCAGAGUUGGAGAGUAGAAAAAAUUAGAUUUAUGCAUAGUUAUGAUUAUGACAUUGAUUAAGGUGCUCCAUGAUGUGUUUCAGAUAUUAAAAAAAAGAUGUAGUUCUAAGCUAAAAGCAUAAUCCAAAAUAUUUUAUCAUAAAGGCUGGGGAAGUGUCAAUAAAUAUUUUUCAAUAGUUCUUUUGCUUUGUUGUCCUGCUUAUUAGCAACAAUUGUUGCUAGAUGCCUUUUGCUUGUUUUUUUAAAGCCUGGGUCAUACUGUGCUUGCAACCUUAGUUGCCAUAGGUUUUAAAGUGGUCACAUGAGGUUGCCAACACGUCACCAGCAAACACUGACACAUGAUGAUGUUUUUUUUUUUUUUUUGCACCGACAACCAGUACAACUGAUAAUGAAAAAUAUUGGUAUAUCAGAGAUUGCCUAUUGAUCUCUUUUUGGUUGUCAGUAGGUUGCUAUAACCAAACUAUAACCAGCUGCAUACCAAUUGUAACUACAUGGUCGAUUGACAGUCCUUAGUCACUUGGUCGCAAACAAGUUUUCACUGGUUGCAAGCAAUUGGAAACAUCGCUAGAAGGUUGCAAGCAACCAUAAUAAAAUAGGUAUGGGAUGGUGGCAUAUAUGAGCAUGUACUAAAUAUAUAUUUCAUUUAUAUUAUAUCAUGUAUGCCUUCUUAAUAUCAUGAUAAAAAUCAUGAUAUCUUAGUUAAAACAUUGUAUUUGUGCCAGCAUUUGAAGUAAAUUUACAAGGUUUACAAAGACAAUUUUUUCAAUAAAAUAAAUACAUGUAUGAGUGCCUACCAGCCACCAUACUUGUUCAAAAGUCAUAUAAAUAGAGGCUGCUGAGCCAAUACAUUCAGUCCUCAGUAUGUCAUCCAACAGAGUGGGAAGGGUGGCAAGAAUGUAUGUUGAGACAGCAAAUGCCUGUGAAGAAAGUUCACUAACAUGCAGUUCCAACACAGAAUCUGUCUCACACAAAGAGGAGCAGUUGAGAGAUGAUAGACAGGGUGGAGAUAGGGAGUCUUAAAUCCACUAUUAGAGGAGGAAGAGUUGGUUGAGUUUUUAAACAAAAUGAGAAAUUCCAUAACUGAUGUUUGAAAAUAAAUCAUAGCUGGAGAAAUAGAUGGGUUCCAUCAACAGAAAUUGUACUGACCCACUGCAGCGUUUUUUACCAAUAGUAACACAAAGAAAACAACGAACAAGCCGAAAAGAAAAAUGAAAUGCUGCUCUAUCACAUGCCU